AAGAUCAUGUUGCAGAUUGCAGGCUUCCUUUUGCUUUUACACCAUAAACUGAGUCACAAGAGCCUCCUCUUUCAGUAAAGUCAACCUCAAUCAUAACAAAGCGGCCGCUUAUCCAUGGCUGCUGAAACCCUUCCAUCAUCAUCCAAACCUCAUUGGAAUCACGACGUCUUCUUGAGUUUCAGAGGUGAAGACACUCGCAAAACUUUUACCGAUCACCUCUACAACGCCUUGGUGCAUGCUGGAAUUCACAGCUUUCGAGAUGAUGAUGAGCUUCCUAGAAGUAACCACAUCUCUACCGAACUGCUCAAAGCUAUUCAAAAAUCAAGGGUGUCUAUUGUGAUUUUCUCCAAAGGCUACGCUUCUUCCAGUUGGUGUCUUGAUGAGCUUGUGGAGAUCCUGCACUGUAAGAAUACCAUUGGCCAAACUUUUCUUCCCAUAUUUUAUGACGUGGACCCCUCGGAUGUGCGAAAACAGAAUGGAUAUUUUGCAGAAGCAUUUUGUAGGCAUGAAAAGCGGUUUCAGGGAGAGAUGGAGAGGUUGCAGAAGUGGAGAGCAGCUCUUACCGAAGCUGCAGAGUACUCUGGCUGGGAUCUCAAAAACGUUGCAAACGGGUACGAAUCAAGGUUCAUCGAGAAAAUUGUUGAAGAAGUUUUGCAUAAAGUGAACAAUGCUUGCAUGGAUAUUGCCAAACAUCCAAUAAGUAUAGAUUAUCGUGCCGAAAAGAUGAAAGCUUUAUUAAAUCUUGGUACAAGUGAUGUUCGUAUUGUAGGCAUCUAUGGCAUGGGUAGAAUCGGUAAAACAACCUUAGCCAAAGUUGUUUAUAACCAAAUAUAUAAUGGGUUUGAAGGAAGCAGUUGUCUUUUGAAUAUUAAAGAAAUUUCAGAAUGUCUCAAUGGUUUAGUUCAUUUGCAAGAACAACUUCUUUCUGAUGUAUUAAAAACCAAGAACUUGAAAAUUGCCAAUGUUGAUAGAGGGAUCAAUUUGAUUAAGGAAAGAUUUUGUUGUAAAAGAGUUCUUACUAUCCUUGAUGAUGUGGAUCACUUGAAACAACUCAAUUCAUUAGCUGGAAGCUCUGAAUGGUUUGGUCCAGGAAGUAGAAUCAUUUUAACAACUCGAGAUGAACAUUUGCUAACUAAAGUUGGAGCGCAUGAAAAAUACAAGGUUGAGGAAUUGAAUCUUAGGGAAUCUCUUCAACUUUUUAGUUGGCAUGCCUUUAGGAUGGCUCAUCGAAUAGAAGAUUACCGAGAGCUUUCAAUUAGUGUAGUUAAUUAUGUGAGAGGGCUUCCAUUAGCUCUUGAAAUUUUGGGUGCCUAUCUAUCAAGAAGAAGUACUAUUGAGUGGAAAAAUGCAUUGGAAAAAUUACAAAAGCAUCCUCACCACCAGAUUCAAAAAAUACUUAGAAUGAGCUAUGAUUCACUAGAUGAUGAUGCAGUGAAGGACACAUUCCUUGAUAUUGCGUGUUUCUUUGUUGGCAUGGACAAAGAUUAUGCCAUCAAAAUAUUCGAUGGUUGUGGUUUCUUUCUGGAUAUUGGUAUAAAUAUUCUCAUUGAGAGGUCUCUCGUGACAAUCAAUGCCAAAAAUGAGUUGAGGAUGCAUGAUUUGAUUCGCGAUAUGGGAAGGGAGGUUGUUCGCGAAAUGUCACCCAAGGACCUAGGAAAACGUAGUAGAUUGUGGUUUCACAAGGAUGUCUUAGAUGUGCUUAACAAACAUCUGGGAUCAGAAGUAAUAGAGGGUCUCAACCUAAGUCUACCUGUACUUGAAGAUGUACGAUUGAAAAUUGAAGCAUUUGCAAAGAUGAAAAAUUUGAGAUUGCUCCAAAUUGAUGGUGCAUAUCUCACGGGAUGCUAUGAACAUCUUUCCAAAGAGUUAAGAUGGCUUCACUGGCAUAAGUGCUCUCUGAAAUUUCUACCACCAAAUUUCCAUCUAGAGAACCUUGUUAUUCUCGACAUGCAACAUAGUAAUGUCAAACAAGUUUGGAAGGAGAUCAAAAUACUCAACAAGUUAAAAGUUCUUAAUCUCAGAGGUUCUAAAUGUCUCACUCAAUCACCAAACUUCUCACGAGUCCCAUAUUUGGAGAUAUUGAUACUUGAAGGUUGCACGAGCUUGGUUAAGGUACAUGAGUCCAUUGGACAUUUGAAAAAACUUGUUUUGUUGAAUUUACAAGGAUGCAAGAACUUGAAGAAUCUUCCAGAAAGCAUUUCAAACUUAGAAUCUUUGGAGACUCUUAACUUGUCUGACUUUAUCAAAAUUAACAAGUUACCAAAACAAUUGGGGAAUAUGGUUGCUUUAACAGAGCUGACACUUAAAGGUUGCAUGAGUUUGGUUGAGAUACCUGAGUCCAUUGGACAUUUGAAAAAACUUGUUUUAUUGAAUUUACAAGGAUGCAAGAACUUGAAGAAUCUUCCCGAAAGCAUUUCAAACUUAGAAUCUUUGGAGACUUUUCACUUGUCUAAUUGCAUAAAAAUUGACAAGUUACCAAAACAAUUCGGGAAUAUGAUUGCUUUAACAGAGUUGCUUGCUAAUGGAACUGCCAUUAAGCAAUUUCCAUACUCCUUUGGUCUUUUGAAGAAGCUCAAAACUUUAUCAUUAUCUGGAUGUAGAGGGCAAUCCUUAGAAUCUUGGAUGUCACAUAUUUUGUCAUGGUUAUCACGAAAAUGCCCGAAACCUAUAAAUUUGCUACCAACUUCUGUUUCUGGAUUGUAUUGUUUGAGAAAACUGGAACUCCGUGAUUGCAAUUUGUUUGAAGAUGAGAUUCCUAUGGAACUUGGGAGUUUGUCUUCACUCGAAGAAUUGGAUUUAUCAGGAAACAAUUUUCGUAGUCUGCCUCAUUGCAUCGGUCUCCUUCCUAAAUUAGAUGUACUUAUGUUGUGGGAGUGUACAAGUCUACAAUCAAUUUCAGAACUUCCUGCAAGUUUAGGAACCUUGAAUGCAAUUGGCUGCUCAUCAUUGCAGAGACUCCCAAAUGUGCCGAACCAGGAAAGAUUAUCUACAUAUUUUUACAUGGGAAGUUGUGACAGUCUAGCAUAUGAUUUCAGGAAGAGUCUUCUCCAGUACUUGUCCAAGUUUGGUGACCGGUAUCGUUACAUUGUGCUCCCUGGUGGUGAGGUUCCAAAUUGGUUCAGCCAUAAGAGAAUUGGAUCUUCGAUAUCCUUUCAAAUACCUUCACUUCCAAAGGGUCAAAUCAAGGGGUUAUUUCUUUGUGCUGUUUGUGCACCCAAACAAAGAACAUAUCAGCAGAAGUACUACCCGAGCUACGCGCCGGUCUGUAUUAGCAUUAACAACAGCCCUUUGGGGACACUCUCCCCUUGGAUUCCUGUAACGUUAAAUAGCCAUCAUUCCUGCGGCGAUCAUUCCUGCAUAAUGUAUAUACCCAAUCCAUUUACUGAAGAUGAAAUAGCAAGUGGAAUGGAAAUGACGAUAUCCUGGGAUGUUGGGGGAUACCGUGAAGUAGUGAACCAGUGUGGAAUUCAUCUACUCGUUGAUGAGCCAAAUGCAAUAAUGGAUUCCGAAUAUUCAGUGGAUAUGGUGUCCGCCAAGAGAGGUCGUGAUCAUGACAAUGAGGCCGGACCAAGCAAUUAUUGGUCUAGUGACGAAAACUGCCACAAAAGAUCUAGGAUCGUUGACUCUGAAGCGUAAGAAUGAAGGACUUGUUAAUAUGUUUAUUCCAAAUAAAUUGAAUUUUCUUAAGUAUUGUGAA